AUGAUGAGCUACUCAUAUUGCUUGAUGAUGUCCGAGUGGAACAAGGUGGAGGAGCAAGAGCAGAGGCUCUUCUGCUGGCUAGGUGGAAGUCUGCCGCUGCCUCCUGCGCUCCUGAAGUUGGUGGGCUGCGCUCACCCGCCUCGGCCAUCCCUGCCCUCGGCGAACUACCGGAAGUUGGCGAAGCUACUGGAAGCCUUAGAGACCAAUGCCAGCACCGCCGACGCCAUGAUGGGCACCAUGGAGUGCUUUGGCGCGGGAGUCGGACAAUGGCUAAAGAUCGCCGGCGAUGGGAAAGCACAUCUCCUGGAGGCGGUGCUAGCGCGCUUCCCUGGUGGGGUGGCCUUGGAACUCGGCAGCUUCGUGGGCUACACGGCGCUACGCCUGGGCCGCGCCCUGGCUCAGUCCGUGCCGGGAGUGCCGUUUCGAGGCUUCCUGACUGGAGAAGCGGCUUUGAGCAUCGAGGUGGACCCCAUCCACGGCUUGUUCACAAGGCACUGCCUGAUGCUGGCAGGUCUCUCCAGCGAAGUGUGGCUGGGACACUCAUCCGACCUCAUCCCCCGCCUCGCCGAGGAGUUCGGGGAUCGUCUUGGACUUGUCUUCAUGGACCACCGCGGCACGCGCUUCCACAGCGACCUGCAGCUGCUCGAGGGCCACGAGCUGCUGAUGCCUUGGGCGGGGGCCACUCAGCUGGUCUUCGACAACACCUUGAAGCCGGGGUCACCGCGGCUGCUUUGGCUGCUGACGCACGCAUUGCAGCCACUGCAGGUGGCCAGCACCCCGUCGUAA